AUGGCUACCUCUUUCAAAGACCGCAAUCUUAUUGCAGUUAUUGGGGAUGAGGACUCCAUUACUGGUCUACUCCUAGCUGGCAUUGGCCAUGUUAACGAGCAGCAGAAGAAGAAUUUCCUUGUUGUUGACAGCAAAACCCAGAUUGCCACGAUUGAAAGCGCGUUCCAGGAAUUCACUGAACGCAAUGAUAUUGCAAUUCUACUCAUCAACCAACAUAUUGCUGAGAAGAUCCGACCCAGUGUAGACAAAUAUCAGCAAGCUUUCCCGGCUUUGCUUGAGAUUCCUUCCAAAGACCACCCAUACGACCCGUCAAAAGAUUCUAUAUUGAAGCGCGUGCAGAAACUUUUUGGGGAGUAA